CAGAGUUCGCCCGUCGCUCUUGUUGACUCCUAAAAAAAAAUAACAUAUGUAAGUUCCGCAGAAUUGCGUGCAAAAUUGUAUGUCACAAGGGUCGAGGAGUUGAAAAUAAACUGUAUCUACGCGCGAUUUACGCAAAGUGACGAGCCAACAAACGUGUUACUUCAAAUAUGGUUUAUGUGACGGAUGACGGUGACGUGGUAAAAUCUACUCCGUGGGGAUUGAGAAGGGUUCUCGGAUUCUUUACGGGAAUAAUUUAUAUGAUCAUCAUGUUUUUCCAGACGUUGGUCAGUCCUGGCAACGGAUCGGGAAGUCAACAUGGAAGAGACUACCGUCCAGGUUCUGGGCCACGUCCUCCAACACGUAGGCUAGGUAGACCGAAUACAGGGAACAAUGUUGACAUUCCAUUUUUUGGUGGUUGUAGCAGUUGCGCAAGAUAGAAAAAGCAAAAAUAUUUCUUAUAUACAUUUUAAUGUGAAAAACUAAAGUAGCUAGUAUUGAAAUGGAAUAUAACCGAGAAGUGGAUGUAUAAUUGUAUUUCCCAUACAGCACCAAAGCUUUUAGAAACAUUGCAACAUUGCAACAAUGUUUUCUGAAAGCUUUGGUGCUGUAUGGGUUGUGUCGAUUUACGCAAUAUAUCUUUUGUUAUAAAAAAGUUAAUGUAUUUAUCGGAAUUAUUAGAACUUCCUCAUUAAAGGGAAUUUGUUAUUAAAGGACUUCUGUAACUUUUGUAGAAUUAGUUUCAUAUAAGCGUCACAUGUAAUAUACGAGCGUACAAAAAUACAUAAUGUUAAAACCUUAGUAA